UAUAAGACAAAGCAAGCAGUAUAUACGUUCAUUUUGGUUGUUUCUUCCAUUCUAGCACUCAUUGAAUCGAAAAGUACCAUUGAAGGUUGAGUGUCCAUAAAUAUUUCCAAAAAAAAGUGAAAAUCGUACCUUCAAUAGUAACGUCAUAAAACUUAGCGGCGCUCAAAAUAAAGUGUAUUUUGGAAAUAAUACUGUGCUAAAAAUGUUGAUCCCCACGCGAUCUGUACUAAGGAAAGCGGUGGAAUGUUCCACUGUUAGUUCAGAGUUAACACAGAAAAGCUUUUAUUCGAUUCUCAAAAACCUCGCAGCACCAAGAACAAGUUGCAGCGUACGACAUGAAAUACAGCGCAGAUUCAAAUCGGAUGGAGUGCGCGGUGCCGUUAUCGGCAUCGACUUGGGUACCACCAACUCUUGCGUGGCCGUCAUGGAGGGCAAGACACCCAAGGUGGUCGAGAACAGCGAAGGUUCCAGAACUACGCCGUCACACGUGGCCUUCUCCAAAGAGGCUGAGCGCCUCGUGGGUAUGCCAGCCAAGAGGCAAGCAGUCACAAACAGCGGGAACACGUUCUACGCGACCAAACGUCUCAUCGGCCGGAGAUUCGAAGACCCCGAAGUUCAGAAGGACAUGAAGAACUUGUCUUAUAAGGUUGUGAAGGCGUCCAACGGAGAUGCUUGGGUGCAAGGCAGUGAUGGAAAGGUGUACUCUCCAAGUCAAAUCGGUGCUUUCGUACUGAUGAAGAUGAAGGAGACGGCGGAGGCGUACCUGAACACGUCAGUGAAGAACGCCGUAGUUACCGUGCCGGCCUACUUCAACGACUCGCAGCGCCAAGCCACCAAGGAUGCGGGUCAAAUAGCAGGAUUGAAUGUACUGCGAGUGAUCAACGAGCCCACCGCGGCAGCGCUCGCCUACGGCAUGGACAAGACAGAUGAUAAGAUCAUCGCAGUGUACGACCUCGGCGGCGGCACCUUCGAUAUAUCCGUGCUGGAGAUACAGAAGGGUGUGUUCGAGGUGAAGUCCACCAACGGAGACACCCUCCUCGGCGGUGAGGACUUCGACAACGUCAUUGUGAACUUCCUGGUCGACGAGUUCAAGCGGGAUCAAGGAACUGAUCUCCGCAAAGAUGCAAUGGCAAUGCAGCGGCUGAAGGAAGCGGCCGAGAAAGCUAAGAUCGAACUGUCCGGCUCGCUGCAGACCGACAUCAACUUGCCAUACCUCACUAUGGACGCUUCAGGACCUAAGCAUAUGAAUCUCAAGAUGACUCGGUCGAAACUGGAGUCGCUGGUGGGUGAUCUGAUCAAGAGGACGGUGGCUCCUUGCCAGCGUGCGCUGCAGGAUGCUGAGGUGCAGCGCGCUGACAUCGGGGAGGUGCUGCUCGUUGGUGGCAUGACGCGUAUGCCCAAGGUGCAGUCGACGGUCCAAGAGAUCUUCGGACGCACGCCGUCCCGGGCCGUGAACCCGGACGAGGCGGUGGCGGUGGGCGCCGCCGUGCAGGGCGGGGUGCUCGCCGGAGACGUCACCGACAUCCUGCUGCUGGACGUCACGCCGCUCUCGCUCGGCAUCGAGACGCUGGGCGGAGUGUUCACCAAGCUCAUCACCAGGAACACCACCAUACCCACCAAGAAGAGCCAGGUGUUCUCCACCGCUGCGGACGGGCAGACCCAAGUGGAGAUCAAGGUGCACCAAGGCGAGCGCGAGAUGGCGGUGGACAACAAGAUUCUGGGGCAGUUCUCCCUGAUCGGCAUUCCGCCAGCGCCACGCGGAGUACCACAAAUCGAGGUCACCUUCGACAUCGACGCCAACGGCAUAGUGCACGUGUCCGCUAGAGAUAAGGGAACUGGCAAGGAGCAACAGAUCGUGAUCCAGUCGUCGGGCGGUCUGUCCAAGGACGAGAUCGAGAACAUGGUGAAGUCGGCGGAGCAGUUCGCUGCGGCCGACAAGCAGCGCCGCGACCGCGUGGAGGUCGCCAACCAGGCCGAGGGCGUGCUGCACGACACAGAGACCAAAAUGGACGAGUACAAGAGCCAGCUGCCGCAAGACGAGUGCGACAAGUUGCGCGGUGAGAUUGCGAAAUUACGAGACCUCCUCGCCCAGAAGGACACAGCGGACCCUGAAGCGAUCCGAACGGCCACCAGUCAACUGCAACAGGCCAGCCUGAAGCUAUUCGAGCAGGCGUAUAAAAAGAUGGCAGCAGAACGUGAGGGUGGCCAACAGCAGACGCAGACUGAAGGUCAAGAGGAGAAGAAAGAGGAUAAGAACUAAACAGCCGUGUUCUUGACAUAGGCACAUUAUUAGAUACAAGAUUACUAGCAAACGUUGACUAGUGUCACCCGACUUAUUGAGGGCGCCAUCCGUACAUUAUAUCACGCUUUUAGGGGAGGGGGUGUUGUUAGGUCGGCAAAUGACAUUGUAUAAUAUGACGUCACAAAGUUCGUUAAAAAUCUAGGACAUGGAUCUUAGAUUAUGUGACAUGACAUUUCAAUUUUAGAAUUAUUAAACACGAAAUUUGACUAUUAAAAUUAUUAGCCGUAAGAACACCCCCCCUCCUAAAAAAAUGUUAAAUGGUUAGAAUUACUGGUGUGGUAUAAUUUAUGGAUGGACCUUUGGCAGUGUAUGGUAUACAGGGUGAGUAGUAAAGGGAAAGCGAGCCGAAAGCCAGUGCUAUAUUAUGUUAUUGAUAAGAAUACAUAUAUAGGUAGCCUGUAUUCACGAAACUGAACACUAUCCCAAAGACGUAAAGUGCAAAAUUGUAAAUAAUCUUUUAAAUAUCCCAUACAAAACAAAUUUAUGACCGACAUAAUAUAUACAGGCUGAUCUACCACGCGCAGUCGUCUUUGUACUAAGUCAAUCCCUGGUGAAAUUUAUUCGUAUACGGGCCCGUAGGUCUAGCGGUUUAGUACAAUUCAAUCGGUCGCGGGUUCGAUUCCUCGCACAGUGCAAACAUUUGUAUUCAUGAGUAUGACUGUUUAUAUCGGUUUUCUAUGUAUAAUAUGUAUGUACAAGAAAAAAAUAUUUAAGUAUUUAUGCGAGUUGUUUAAUACCGAUAACACAAGCGCUUGCUGUGGGACUAGAUGGCGCUGUGUUAAUUGUCCAGGGUUAUUUAUUUAUUUAUUCAGUUUCAUGAGUAUUCAUUUGGCUGUUCGGUUUGGCAUACCGUUUACGACUAACCCUAUCCAAUAUAGAAUAGUUUGUCAUCUGUUUAGUUGUAGUUUUAGGCAGUAGAGGCUCGAUUAUCUGGUUGCUGAUUAACCGGCUAUUAUCUAAUCGGUUGCUAACAAACAUUUGAGAAUUGUUAGCAACAGUUUUAUAUAAUUAAACGCCGGAUGUCUCGUCUUACCCGGAUGUUGGUUAAUUAUUGAUUUUCAAUAUUACACUGCAGAAAACGAAAAACAAUGAGUGAAUGUAUGUAGAUUAGAUUUUGCUUUAAAAUCUGAUUUGAGAGUGUAUGUGGUGUAUAUAUAUUAGUUUGGAAAAUAUAUGUGGAUUAUUUCUUUAGAUCCUUAUAAAUUAUUGAUUUAUCUGCCUUUAGCCACAAAGGUCGGGAACUAUUUAACGGCGAAUUCUAUUACUUAAGAUUUUUGAGAGAAAAUGAAUCGUGUUAGAUAUGUUCGCAUAAAAUCCGUCUCUACGAAUAUUCAUAGAAUUUAGAUAAAAACUAUAGUGAAUACAUUAUUUAUUUAUAUCCAUAUGACUGAUUGAUUUAUGCACUUUUAGUCACAAAGGUCGGUAACUAUUUAAAGGCGAUUAUUAUAUAUAAUAUCCAAUUCGGCAAUAUUCAGAUAUUUGACAGAAAAUAUUUGUGUGUAAUAUUCAUAAUUUUUAAAAACAUAUGUAUCUUAAGAAUAUUGGUCCAAAAAAUGAACAUACAUUUUUUGGACUAAUGUUAUUAAGAAGACCAAAUGAAAUCGUAUUAAUUGUCGCCAAAAACGAAAAUAUAAACAAAAUCAUUAAUUUCCCAUACAUGUUAAUAUUCAAAAUAAUGGUUCAAUGAAAUGUCCCGUCCCUGUCCAACUGUAUGCGAUAAGAGACGGAUGGAAUAGAUGAGUGUGGUGUGUAUUGAGUCCAUGUAUUGUGGCUAAUUCUCUUACUGUAUAUGUUUGUUGAUGUAUCAUUGAGAAGUAUAUUGCGUUGUUAUGUUUUUAUUAAUUAUUACGUAUAUGGAUGAAAAGCGGGGCAAAAAUAUUAAACAGUUCAGGAUAAUCGGGCUUCUACUGAUAUAUUGUUUGUGGCCCGAUAGCUUUACAAACCCACUCUCCGUAUCGAAGUAAUAUAAAUUUACUUAACAGUAUAUACAAGAUUAUUCAGUUGUCACUGAAAUUUAUGCCAUCACAAAAUGUAGUAAGGUUCAAAAUGUGUUUGGGUAAUUGUUUUGCACGUACUACGAUUAGCAUGUUUUGCAUUGACCAUAUUUACGCAGUUACGAACUUUAAAGAGGUGGAAAUAAAUAUUUUUUCAUAAUUUUUAUUUUCACCUUUUGUCAUAGACAACAUUAUAGCAGCUAUAAUGUUAUCUAUGACAAAAGGUAUAUUUUUACCUAGAAGCGUUGAAGGCUCUAAUUCUGCUGCUUUAUUGUCUGUAGCAGAAAUAUGACCUUUCAACUGUUCGCUGUCAAAAUGAC